AUAUUUCAUGCAAAAAUACAUUUAAGAACUUCAACAGGCGAUAUGAAGAAUGAAGGUGGAUCGUGAGAUAGGAUUUAGAAAACAGGUUUUGGCAGUACAGCAAUGCUAGACUAUAAAAGGAAGAUAAACGCCAGAGAAGGCAGUGACUAAGAGAGGAAGGCAUAGAAACAAGGUGUUUCACACAGGUUGCUAUAGAUUGGUUUAAAGAAACAAGACAACAAGGUUUAAUACACUUCAGACUGACGAAGCGAUGCUGGAUAUGACUUGAAGGAUGAAUGUAAAGACCUGUAAAGGAUGAAUGAAAUGAGAGACUAUGGAGGAACAAACAGAAAAGAGUGAUGUGAGGAAUGGUCUGCACAAUGAUGUUCCACUACUGCAGUCUAUGCUGGCGAAACUUAGUCUCAAACACAAACAUCCCAAAACAGACAAUGUGAAAUUACAUUCAGAUAAGGCCUGUAAAAAUCUGAACGGUUUUGUGCAGUCUGAAGAAAGUAUAACAAAUGAAGAAGACAGGAAAGAUGGCACAGUCAUAGCUGAUGGUGAUGAGGAGCAACCAGCUAGGAGUUCUGAAACAGAAGAUGGAAAUGAAGCUGUUGAGGAGGUUCCUAGAUGGGAAAGGAGGGAUUUUCACCCUGUCUCUUCGUUAGUAGAAACAAAGAUGGCAGAAUUAAGUCGGUGGCAAAGUGAAAGUGAGGACAAACAGAACAAAGAGACUUGGACAGAAGAGCACGUGGCUGGAGCUGCAUUACUGCCUAACAAUCCUUCUCAAGAAACAUCUGCACACACAUCUUACCUCUGUGUAUCCUCAGAUAAAGCUGACUCUGCACAGGUGGAGUUUGAGCAAGAAUUGCUAGAUGAAGCUUGUGGUGGUCCUUCAAAACCUGUCAGUAUGGAUACGAGCAGGGUGCUAACUCAUCAAACUGUGAACCUUACAAGCAAAACAACAAGGUCCGCUUCAGAUCCAGUAAGCCACCCUCCUCCUAAGGAAGAGAGACCCCUCUCAGCUCCAAGUAUUUUAAACCUACAAGAAUAUGAAAAGUAUCAAGCUUUUGCAAAUGCAAUGCCAGCGAAAAGCUUCAGCAAAGCUGCUAAGAUUUGGGGGCAGGAGGAUUUAGGCAUGAGCACCGGGGAUGUGGAAAAUGACAGUUCGCUCACUAAAACGCAAAAGAAAGGAGUAAAAAACAAAAUGAAGAUCCUUACUCAGAAACUGAUUGAAAGACUUAAAGAGAAACGUUAUUUUGAGCACACUGGCAGCAAGAGCACUCAAGACACUGUUGAAGAAAAAGGACAAAAUAUGAAUUCCAUGGAAAUGGAAGCAGAGGAUUCAGAGAUUCCACCACCACUUCCACCGAAAAAGGGGAAGUAUGUUGUCUUAGACAGAAGAUUUACCUUAAGAGACUUCAAACUCGAUCUUGAACCGAUCAACUUAAUGGAGGAGAUAUUCACCGGAAGUGAAUGGCUGAGUUACCUGCCCAGCAAAGAAACUCCAACUGAGAACGACACUAGUGAUCAAUCAAUGACAAAUGAGGUUCUCCAUCCAGAAAAGCACAUUCAGAUUAAUGAUCCUCUCCCGAAACUUGAAGAGGAGCAAUCAGAGGACGUAAAGGACAAUCAAGACAGCGUUAGUAAUCCUCAAGAGGACAGUAAUGUAGCAAAAACAAACAGUGACUUGGAUGUAAAACAAGCGGAACCGGAUGCAAAUGUAUUUGCUAUACCUAAGGCACUGCUAACAAAUAAUGCAAUAAAACAAAAGGCUGGGACAGACUGUGAGCUGAACAAAUCAGAUGACAUCUAUGACCGUGUGGACCUGUAUAUUAUUCCCAAAAAAGACUUUCCAGCAAAAAAAAGAAAGGCAUCAGAUGCUCCGCUGGACUUUUCAGCAGUCAAGUCAUUUGAAUUGCUAGACAACUCUGCCCUCAAGAGUCGAAUUCGUCUUAGCAAAAAGAGACACCACCGACCACCCAAAAAGCACAGAAAAGUGAAACUAGAAAUGUCGAACACCAUAUUUUACAAGAUUCCCCCAGUAAUCCUGAAUGAAUCUCCUGUCAGCGCAUCUCAACCUCGUCAUAGCAAUCCCUUUUCCAUGUCUCCUCCUCUGCUUUUACCAUCACGUCCAUAUCAGUCCUGAGCAGUUAGCUCUGUCGUCUGCAGUUGUCCGGUCAAUAAAGUCACAGCAGCAGUCAUUGGUCUAUAAAACCACAAGGCAAAGCAUGAACAGAGAAAGACUGUUUUUUACUGCAUAAAAACAAUUUGAUUGUUCAGUCAGAAUUCACUAUGUGAUUAUUAUAUUAAUGGUGUGCCCUCGGCAGAAUAAAAGACACUUUGACUGUAAAGACUGGAAAAUUCAAAGGUUAAGGAAAAUUUACUGGUGUGCAACAGAUGGUGGAUAUUACAGUGGAUACACAUCCACAUUUGCUAACAAUUCUUUUCUUAACCAUUGUUAAUUUUUAAAAAAGUCAUAGGCCUAAAUAUGAUGAUGUCAAUACAAACACUUGUUUUUAUUAUUUAACUUGAUAAUACACCUGUUCACCUGUUCAUUCACCGCUGUUGAUUAACUGUAAAGCACAGUAAGUCGUCUUUUUCCACAGUCCUUAUUAUUAUGCCAAAUAUUAUGUAAUAUUAUAUUGUGUGUCUGUGUGUGUGUUGUUUGCUGUCCUUAGAUUCCACUAAUGAAUUAUAGUGAAUUGUAUAUCACCAACAUGUAUUAAAAAAUGUUUUUCCUUC